UCACAGAGGGUUUUACCAGCGGAAAUUUCAACAAGAAAGAGCCCUGGUUGCUGGAAGCUGCUGAACAGAGCGAAGAAAGGGAAGGAGUGAGUGAGGCCUGAAGUAGACUUAAUAGGAGCGCUCGGGAAGCCGGAGGACAAUGAAGGCUGUGAUUUACCAUGCCUUUUCUCAUAAAGAAGCCAAAGAGCACGAUGUACAGGAGCUGGGAAGCCAGCGGGCUGAGGCCUUUGUGAGGGCCUUCCUGAAGCGGAGCAUACCGCACUUGAGCCAGCAAGAUUGUGAGAGCCAUCUCCAGCGCAAGGCUGUGGUCUUGGAAUACUUCACUCGCCAGAAGCCAAAGCAGCAGAAGAAGAAAUCCAAAGGCCUCUCUGCCAAACAGAGGAGAGACAUGAGACUGUUUGACAUUAACCCAGAGCAACAGAGAUACAGUCUCUUCCUUCCCCUGCAUGAACUCUGGAAGCAGUAUAUCCGUGACCUGUGCCAUGGGCUCAAGCCAGACACGCAGCCACAGAUGAUUCAGGCCAAGCUCCUAAAGGCAGAUCUUCAUGGUGCUAUUAUUUCAGUCACAAAAUCCAAGUGCCCCUCCUAUGUGGGGGUCACAGGAAUCCUUCUGCAGGAGACCAAGCAUGUCUUCAAGAUCAUCACCAAAGAAGACCAUCUGAAAGUUAUCCCCAAGCUAAAUUGCGUGUUCGCCAUCGAAAUUGAUGACUUCAUUUCCUACAUUUAUGGAAGCAAAUUCCAGCUUCGGUCAAGUGAGAGGUCUGCCAGGAAGUUCAAAGUAAAGGGAACAAUUGACCUGUGAACUCUUUGCCACUGGGGACAGAUGUCCCUGGCUGCGGAGAACUGGAAACGCAUGAAGCGCUUUCUGGCUGUUGCCCACCCAUAGUCCAGGGAAAGCAGAGCAGCUGAAGAACAUUGAGCAACACAGGAGAAGUCAGAGGUAGAGAUUUGCCUCUCCAGGGAGGAACGACUAGCAGAAAAUACACUGGGACUAACCUGGCUGAUUUGAAGAAGGGGGCCCUUAGGUUGUGUCUUUCAUCCUUCUCUGUGUUUCCCAAACAUUCUGUGCGGAAUCUGUUACUCGGUUGAUAACAAAUCACACUACAGGCAUAAGUGGGGCUAAAUGAAAGAAUCAAUCUUGAAUUUCUGGGUUGAAAGGGAAGGGGGUAUUGAGGCUCCCUCAUCCCAUGGCCACCUACCACCUCCUGUUGCGUUUACGGUAUGGAACAUCAUGGAUCUGACUGGAAGUCAUCCCUGCUCCAAACUCUGAUCUCCCUACAGUUUGCUCUGCUGCUGUCAUACAUGGAGGCAUAGUGAGCUUGCUAGAUGGCUCUGGCCUUCAUACAGCAGGGAAAAUGGAGCAGAGGGACAGGUCUGCCAGUACCUGUUGGCUACUGUUUGGAUACAGGUAGGCAAACCUACCAGCAAGCUUCUUCCUGUAUUCCUGUGGCUCCAGAGAUAGGCCAACAGCCUGUCUCUGGUCUAAGAAGGCCAUGUCUCCAGCAGUGAGACCUUGGACAUCUUAGCUCCAUUUUUGCUGCUGAGAUUGCAACUUUUCUACUAUGUAAGAUCAGAUGAGGUCUUUCUGCACAAGGGCUUUGGAACUGCAGGUCAGGACCAGCAUGAGAAAUGGGUGGGGUCUAGCCAGGAUUCAGGAGCCCUUGUGGCUGAAACCCGGUUCAGGUGGACCAGUUGCCCCUUGCUUGUAAGAAGUGACUGUUGCCUGGUGGUGGCGGCACACCCCUACGACCCCAGCACUCAGGAGGCAGAAGCAAACUGAUCUCUGUGAGUUCAAGGCCAGCCUGGUCUACAGGGCAAGUUCCAGAGCAGGCUCCAGAGAGAGCUAUACAGAGAAACCCAGUCUCAAAAGAACCAAAACAAGAAAGUGUCUGCUGACAG